GCACAGCCUUUCAAAAGGAGCUGCAGGAGACGCUCUGAACUCAGUUCAGCUGCAGAAUCGACUCCGUACUCUUUAACACAAACAAGAACAGAACUUAUUACCAUCCAAACAUGGCCAGCAACUUCGGAUGGAGCAGAGAAAAUAAGGAGGAGGUGAGGAUAGUGCUGGUGGGGAAGACUGGCAUUGGGAAGAGUGCCACUGGAAACACCAUUCUGGGACGACAGUGCUUUGAAUCAAAGUUCAGUGCAAAGUCGAUGACUGUAGACUGUACCAAGGGCAAAGCUGAGGUGGACGGGCAACAGGUUGCUGUUAUCGACACCCCGGGCCUGUUCGACACCAGGCAUGGCAUGGAUAAAACAACUAAAGACAUCAGCCAGUGUAUCUCUUACGCUUCUCCUGGACCCCAUGUGUUCCUGGUGGUCAUCAUGCUGGGCAGAUACACUGAAGAGGAAAAGCAGACAGUGCAAAGGAUUCAAGAAAUCUUUGGCCAGGCUGCAGACAGAUACAGCAUGGUUCUCUUCACUCAUGGAGAUCUUCUUGAAGACACAACUAUUGAGGACUUUUUGACGGAAAGCUCAGAGCUGCAGGAACUCGUGUUCAGAUGUAAUGGCCAGUACCAUGUCUUCAAUAAUAAGCUGAAGGAUCGCCGCUCUCAGGUCACUGAGCUGCUCCAGAAGAUCAGAAAUUUAGUCCAGAAGAACGGAGGAAGCUACUACACCAACGAGAUGUUCCAAGAAGCCGAGAGGGCAAUCGAAGAGGAGAAACAACGCAUCCUGAAAGAGAAAGAAGAGCAAAUACGCAAAGAAAAAGAGGAAAUUGAGAGAAAACUACAAGAGAAAUAUGAAAAAGAGAUGAAGAAAAUGAAUGAACAACUCCAGGCUGAGAGAGAGAGGGAGAGGAAAGAGAGAGAGGAGGAGAGGAAGAGGGAGAAGCAGGAUAUGAAUGAGGAGAGAAAGAGGGAGAAGGAGGAGAGAGAAGUAGAGAGAAAGAGAGAGAGAGAGGAGAAAGAAAGGGAGAUGACAAACAUGAUGAAUCAAAUAAAUAAACAGCAUGACAGAGAACUGAGAAAGGAGGUAGAGAAGUUGCAGGUCAGGCAUGAAACCGAGGCCAGAGAGGAAGCUGAGGAGUUUAAUCCAUUAUUUCCUCUGGUAGUAGCUGGUGAAGUCGUAAUUGAUUUUGGCAAAGCGUUUGUUGGUGGAGUUGAACGGAUGGGAAAGGGAAUUGGAGGUUUGGAAAAGGCAAUUGGAUCCUUGUUCAAAUAAUGAGUGGUUCAGGCUUAAACAGAGGAACCCUCCAGAAUCUCCCCUACACAGGAAUAUAUAAAAUAAAAUAAAUAUUCUUUAAUCCACAGAACUAUAACCACAAUUUCCUUUUUUCAAAGUCACACAUCAUAUUAUACUCUCACAUUGUCAUCUAGGGUUCUUUUUGCAUGAGUUUUGGCUGGACCGCAGAGGGCCACCAAUAGAUAUACAUACAUAGACGCUGCAUUGACUCCUGGUUCGUACGUCAACUUGGGCGCCAUAUUGGACAGGGCAAGACUGACCUGUAACCCCAUGGGGGGAACGGGGGAGCUGCCGUUUUUCUGCAUAAAAAGCACUAUAACGUCUACAUUUCUCAACCGAUUUCAACGACUUGUUUUAUAAUCAAACAUUUAUGAUGAAGUAACGUUAAGUUAACGUUACGUUUUUUGUUUUUUUUCCUCAAAAAUGUUGGU